AUGUUUCCAACUUCGAAUUACAGUUUAGCGCUUGGAAAAUCACAACCAUUGAGAACUAAUGCCGAAUGUCCAGGAUUGACAGCUUUAAAUGCAGUUUUGGGAGUGUCGUGUUUUUACGGCACUGCCGCGAACUUGGUCAUUCUAAUUUUUACGAUUUUAAAGCAUCGCCAUCAGGGUUUAACGCCAGAUAGAAUACUGAUUACAAAUUUUGCAGGCGUCGAUCUCAUGGCGUGCUUUAUCAGUCUACCACUUCAUGUAAGAGCUAUAAACAGUCAAUCGAGUAUUGCAGAUAACCCUAUAUGCUUGUCAAGGUUUUUCACGAUGUUCACUUGUUUUGCUGUGAACAUCAUGACACUGGCUGUCAUAAGUAUAGACCGCUAUGACGCCAUCUGCCGCGCGCCUUUGCGUGAAAUAACUUGCAAGAAGACCGCAUAUUUCCUUGUCUUCAUUUGGUUGUUUGCAAGUUGUACCGCUGCAGCCGGGGGAACAGGACAUAUCCUUACUGCCGUACGGGGCGAACACGCCUGCUACAGCCCCGGACGAGACGUCUCCUCUCAUGCAAUCAUUGGCAAGACAGUGAUGAUUGCCGUCGUUUCUCUGUGGAUCUUGCCUUCUCUUGCAAUUGUGUUUUACAGAUUCUACGCCAUUCGAAAAUACGUUCAGGAUCACUCAACCCAUUUGCGAGACACUCUGGGUGUUUCAGUGGUAAAAAGAGAAGUCAAACUCACCAAGAUUUGCAUCGUAAUGAUCACAACAUAUCUUAGUUUAUGGGUAAUGUUUGCACUCAUGGUGUUAUUAAGAAACAGGUUCUCCUCUUUGGAAGUUCAUUGUGCGUAUCUAUGGUCGUAUUCCUUGGCUUACUCCAGUUUCACCGUCGUACCAGUCGAGUACAUGAUUCUUGACAAAAGAAUUCUGGCUUAUAUUUGGCGAGAAUGCGCGCGGAGAAGAACAGCAAAGGUUUCAGUGGAACUGGCCGCGACUAACCAUGAAGGAGGCGAAACAAACACUUGA